AUGCCAGUCGUCAAGGGUGGAGUAUGGACGAAUAUUGAGGAUGAGAUCGUGAAGGUAGCCGUGUCCAAAUAUGGACUGAAUCAAUGGGCGCGAGUGUCCUCCCUUCUUGCCAGGAAAACACCGAAGCAAUGCAAAGCUCGCUGGGCGGAAUGGCUGGACCCUGCUAUCCGCAAGAUCGAGUGGUCGCGAGAGGAAGAUGAAAAAUUACUCCAUCUAGCGAAGUUAAUGCCUACACAGUGGCGAACGAUUGCUCCUAUUGUCGGAAGAACAGCGACCCAAUGUUUAGAACGAUACCAGAAGCUAUUGGAUGAAGCAGAGGCGCGGGAAUCUGAUGAACUGGGCCUGGGCGGCCCUGCUGGAGGUGAAACUGCUGCCCCAAGUGCUGAUGAUGUUAGAAGGCUACGGCCAGGCGAACUGGACCCGGACCCGGAGUCUAAACCUGCACGCCCCGAUACCAUCGACCUCGAUGAGGACGAAAAGGAAAUGCUCAGUGAGGCCCGUGCUCGUCUUGCGAAUACACAAGGAAAGAAGGCCAAGCGGAAAGCUCGAGAACGCCAAUUGGAAGAGUCACGUCGUCUUGCUGUGCUACAAAAGCGCCGUGAGCUGAAAAAUGCUGGUAUCAACAUUAAGGUCGUCACACGGAAGAAAGGCCAGAUGGAUUACAAUGCGGAUAUUCCUUUUGAAAAACAGCCAGCGCCCGGUUUCUACGAUACUUUGGAAGAGGAAUCCAGAAAUGAGCGACAAAGAGCUUUGUUUGAUCCUCGAAAACAACAGCUUGCCAGUAAACGGAAAGGCGAUCAAGAAGAAGAUCCCGACAGGAAAAGAAGGAAAAAUGACAAAAGUGGCAAUUCCGCCUUCGCUGCAGCUGCAAAGGCAGGACAGAUGCAGAAAAUCCGAGAAGCGGAACAGAGUAGUAAGCGUCGGGCCCUCGUGCUCCCGUCUCCUCAAGUAAGCGAAACCGAACUUGAGGAGAUCGUGAAAAUGGGCAUGGCAGGAGAGCGGGCAAGCAAAAUGGCAGGGGAAGAGGAGAACGAUGGAACGCGGGGCUUAAUCAGUAACUAUUCUACUAUCGUUGGUGGAACUCCCAUUCGAACACCCAGAGCUCCAGCCGAAGAAGAUCGUAUUGCAAACGAAAUCCGAAAUAUCAAAGCCUUAACGGAAACACAAUCGUCUCUACUAGGUGGAGAAAAUACACCAUUACAUGAAGGCGGCGGCUCUACUGGUUUUGAAGGAAUUGCUCCACGGAAACAUGCGCUCGUUACACCAAAUCCAAUGGCCACGCCGUUUCGCCAAGCUGGUGCUAACGGCAUAGGUGCCACUCCAAUGAAAACGCCGAUGGGCGUAGGAGCCACUCCACUACGCACACCUAGAGACAACUUCGCUAUCAACAAGGAUGCUAGUAUGGGAACACUUGUUGGUAACACGCCCAAGGAGAUGAAAUUGCGUGAGGACUUCUUACGGCGCCAAUUAAGUAGCCAACUUUCUAGUCUUCCUGCACCAAAAGAAGUGGAGUGGGAGCUGGAAGAAAUGCCAACGGAGCAAGCAGAGCCGAUUGGCAAAGAGGUGCCUUCAGAAGAGGACGCAGCUGAGCGGGAUAGGAGAAAUAAAGCUGCUGCCGACAAGGCGGCUCAAGCGGAAUUUGAAAGGCAGAGCCAGGUGUAUAAGCGAGGUUUACCGCGGCCCAGUGUGAUCAAGUUGGACACGUUAAUGGAGAAGUCGAGCAAUGUUUCAGACCCUAUCCAAAACUUGAUUACACAAGAGAUGGUCACUCUUAUCGCCCAUGAUGCUCGAAAAUUUCCCUUACCGGGUGCUAGGAUUGAAGGGAAAGCUCCGAAAUUGACCUCCUUUAGUGAUGCACAACUUGCUAGGGGCCGUGCAGCUAUCACAAGUGAGGUGACACGUCUUCCUCCCCAACAAGAUUGGCAGGAUACUUUUACGACCUCGUGGUCUUCUCUCCAUGAAUCAGCUAGCCUUCCGGGCCUUUCGCUCUAUUCCGAUGACGAUGAUUAUGAGACGCAAGAGCAACAAAUGAUAGCCGCUUUUGAAAAUGUCCAUACGUCUCUCCUAGCCAGCGCGGAACAGGGGAAUAAGCUGGAGAAAAAGAUUUCACUCCACAAUGGCGGAUAUCAAGCGCGGGCAAAAACUCUCAGGGCAAAAAUCAUUGAAGCCAGCGAAGCUCUCGAAAAGGCUAGAUUCGAGUUGGACGCUUUCCGGACUCUUCAGCUUGGAGAAGAAUCGGGUAUUGGUAGGAGACUCGAGGGCCUUCGUGAUGAAGUGACCUUCGUCACCCGACGGGAGCGCGAGGCGCAGGAGCUGUACAAAUCGCGAAAGGAAGAACUAGAGUCACUGGAGGGCGGUGGAGUGAAUGGAUGGCACCGGUAG